UGAUCGGUCCUGUUUUUCAUCAACAGCGCAAAUCGCUAUGCAGUCAGUUACGUGCGCAAGUGAGAUGUUAUUGUUUCGUGAAAAAAAAAAAAAUCCAAUAACUUGAGGUUUAAUUGUAACAGUGGUGUGAGUGAUUCACUAAUUGGGAUGAUGAGUUAAUGUGGUGGAUCUGAAAGGAGUGUGGGUGAAAUAAAUUUUCUCAAAGCGAAGUGGCAAGAAUUUUGCAAUGUCGUCAUAUUGCAUUAAAUUACCGUACGUUGUUGGAGUGCUGUCGCGGUGGCAACUUGGGCGACGUGGCCAGCUAUUGCAGUGUUGGAAGCCAUUUUUGUGUGACAAGUUUCGCCUGGUGUUGGCCACCACUCUCCGCGAAGACGGCUACCCGGACAGUGGCGACUGGAACCCGAUAGACAACGAGGGUUCACGGGCCGACAGCUUCGAGUACGUCAUGUAUGGCAAGAUCUACCGAAUUGAGGGCGACGAGUCAUCGACUGAGCCGUCGAGUAGACUGGCAGCCUACGUGUCGUUUGGUGGUCUUCUCAUGCGUCUGCAAGGAGAUGCCAACAACUUACAUGGAUUUGAAGUCGAUCAGCACAUGUACCUGCUUAUGAAGAAACUCGCUUUCUAAUCCACAUUUUAGAGAAAAACGAAAUCACAUGUUUAAUACUUAAUAUGUAAAAUUGUGUAAAACAAUGAAUCGUUAAUAAAACUGAUGCCUGUGGUAUCGUCUACACUAGACGAGAGAA